GAGAAGAGCAAACCAUAUUUAGUAAAGUGUGAGACUCCUGUGGCAGGAUCCAUUACAUGGGCCAGAACUCUUUUCUGCCAAAUUAAACAACCCAUGCUUUCCUUCCUGAAAGCAGCACAGAUGCUUGGAAGUGAACAACAAAGCUACAUGGUCAAAAUCAAGUAUAAGGACACUGCACUGCGGAUUAGGGAAUAUGAGACAAAGAAAUAUGAGGACUGGCUGAAAGAAAUUGAAAACAGCUGGCCACUAUUGAAACAGCCUCUGCUGACUAUCAGAGAAAACCAAGACCUGAAAGUUCCAAGACCAGAACAAAGCAAGAAAAGGAACGUGCACUACAUAGUAAACUUUCCUCCACAAUUAAGGAAAAUGAUUUCUGAGAUAAAGCCCCUCAUGUUACUGGACUACUCUGUUCCGAAAAAGGCAGAAGACUUGGCUAUGUUGGAACACAGUCUCCUGAGGUCUGCUGAUGAUCUGAACAACCUUAUCGAAGACUUUCACUCAUUGGUGGACAGCCUGCGUGAGGAGCAUCUCGACAUGCUGCUGCCACAUAUAGAAGUGGUCAAAAAAGAGAUGGAAUUUGGAUUGAAGAAGCUCAACUGGUGUUGCUCAGGGAUACCUGAGUUCAUCAGUCGAGGUGUCCAGGCUGUUUCUAAAUUCAAGUCCAUCGUCAACCAGAUUCACAACAACGAGCGUGCAAUUGAUUCCAAGCUACAGUCGAUAACUCUGUCCAACUUGCUGAAACUGCCAGUAUCUGAUAAAUCUAGAGACUUGCCAGAUAUCAAGGACUUCUGUGACUGCAUUGAGGGAGAGCAAACCAAGACUCUGAAUAUUCUCACUAAGAAUUAUUCUGACAUCAGUUUCCUCAUCAAUGAGACAGAAUAUGUGAUUAUGAAAACCAGAAGUGGCAAAGCCAAAUGCAUGGCUAGUUACUAUAAAUACUGGGAGUGCAAAGUGUUUGAUUCCCUGAUAGAGAUGCUCCAGAGGAGCAUUCAGACGUUCACCAAGGUGCUGAUGGGAAACACAGCUGUUUUCAAAGCAAACGUCGUCCUAUCUACUGGUAUUGUGUUAGAGCCACGAAGUGACGUCAUCAACAGGAUGAUCACGGGGUGCAUUGACAUGUGUGUAGAGAGCACCAAGCGUUUUCCACGUUGGAUGCAUGGGACCUGCAUCAACUGCCCCAUACAACUUGUGAAUGAUGAAGAGGGGUCUAAGAAAUUCACAUUCUUCUGUGAUGUGUCUAAGCAUCCUCAGAUAAAGCUAAGUCAUUUAAUGGUGUCCCAAAAGAUUGAGGAGCUGCUCCUCUCAGUGAGUCGCAACUUUGAGUACUGGAAACGCUACCAGUUUCUUUGGGGAAAGGACAGAUGUCUUGUGACUGGAGAGUUUGCAGCCAAAAAUCCAUCCUAUGCCAAGUAUGAUGAUGAGAUGAACGUCUUUGCUAUGGCUAAGCAAGAUGUGAAUCUGGAGCCUCGCUGCAAGACGGAGAGCAUGAUCCAUCUGAACCUAUCGCCACUGCUUAACACACUACAGGUGAUCGCAGAGUCCUGGAUCGAUUCACUUGGUUAUUUGCUCAACAAAUCUGCCAAAAAGAAUCUCUUCAACUUUAGAGAUGAACUCACGCAACUCUCUAAAAAGCUGAAGCAAAGCCCAGACACUGUGAACGACCUGAAGUCUGUUCUCAGCACCAUCUCAGACAUCAGGUACAUGUCUGUAGACAUGGAAAUAAGAAUCACUGAUAUCCAGGAGAGCUACAGAACCCUGGCCAUCUAUAAAGCUGAGGUUGGAGAAGAUGAAAAAGAGCUGGUGGCCAUUAUUGACCAGACAUGGAGUGACCUUUACACAGAAUCUAGACAAGUGGAUCAUAGUCUGAAAGAUGUCAAGAAGUCAUUUGCUGUGAUUACCAAAGAGAAGGUUGAAGAGUUCAGACAGAACGUGUCCAUCUUUGCUGAAAGCUUCAACCUGCAUGGUCCUGGAGCUGUGGGAGAAGAUUUGGAUAAAGGACUGAGCAUCAUGGACAAAUAUGAAAAAGACCUUGCCAAGAUUGUGGCUGAAUGGGAAGAGCUGACUAAUGCUGAAAAGCUGUUGGACCUGCCUGUCACUGUGUGCCCAGAGGUCACCAGGAUUCAGAAAGACAUGAGCGGCUUAAGACAGGCUUAUAAUGUGUAUGAAGCACAGAAGGAAGCAAAAGCAAGAUGGUCUGAAACACUGUGGGUAGAUUUGGACAUCCAGAUGUUACAGGACAACAUAGAAGGCUUCAUCAAAAGCCUGAGACAGCUGCCCAAAGAUGUGAGGGCUUUACCUGUUGCUUUUUUUCUGGACGCGAGUAUGAACGAGUUCAGAGAAUCACUGGCUCUUCUGCUAGACUUGAAGCACGAGGCACUCAGAGACAGGCACUGGGAGGAGCUGAUGGAAAGGACUGGCACCAGCUUUGAGAUAAACCCUGACAGCUUUACUCUGGAGAACAUGCUUGCUAUGGAACUGCAUAAAUAUGCAAACGUCAUCAGUGACAUUGUCACAUCUGCUAUAAAAGAGCUGAACAUCGAGACACAGUAAAAAAAUGACUGUGGAAUUUACAUAAAAACUUUGUAAAUGCACAACAGAAAUGUUAUGUAAACUGGAAAACAUGUAUUUUCUGUUGUAAUCACAUUAAAUGUUUGGAAAUGAUUAAA